AUGGGAUCCAUGCGCCCUACAGGGCGGUUUCUUUCAUUCACUAAUAAUAUCCAGAGGACACAGAAACAACCAGUUUCUAGUGGCUUUCCACAAAGCCUGUCCGGCAGUGAGACUGAUGUGUCAACAUCUAAUGAGAAUUUAUCCAGAGAGGAGCGGUAUGUUGUACGUCAUACAGCUAGAGUUGAACCACAGGGUCAAGAAAAUCAAAGUCAGACCAAUAACAAUGGAAAUAACAGAAACUCACUUAAGGAAAGUGUGGCAGGGAGCAACCGUAACUCUUUAAAGGAUUCUGUAGGAGGUGGCAACAGUAAUCGGAGUUCAUUAGAUGUAUCAUCUUCAUCAUACAACACAUUGAUAAUUCAUAAUCAGGAUGACUCAUGGCCAACUCGACCAACGCCUAUACGUGAACACGAACGAACAAACAGCGAGGUGAAGCACUCAAAUACGCAAUCAUCACCAUACCAUACAUUGAAGAAAAGCGAAGCAGGCAAGAAGCUGAGUGGCAUACCAUUGCCUAAAGCUCACAAGGAGCAAGCAGUGACAACCAAUGCCAACUAUAUUGAUAUUGGUGGACAAAGGAUCUACACAAGCCCGCCUGAUCAUGGAGUACAAGAGAUCACGGAGAUCCCGGACGACUUCCUGAACCAGUCGUCCGUGCUGAAGCACCUAGCAAAGGAAGUGGCGCAGUCUCCAACGCCCCGUGGACCCACCCCGCCCGCUUCCCCGCGACACCCACGCGACCGUAACGCUGCUAAGGAAAAGCUCACUAAGGAGAAGCUUAGUUUGUCCAGGUCGCAACCCGAUUUGACCAGUGUUGUAUGGUGUGACGGUGGCAGCGUGGGCGUGGGCGUGGCCGCGGGCGUGGGCGUGCGCGCGGCGCCGGGUGGCUCGGAGUCGAGCGGCUGGUGCAGCGGCGGCGAGGGCUCGCUGGAGGAGCCUGAUGACGCCUUCGCGGCAGUGCUCGACGCGCUCGCCGCGGAGAACCAGCAGCUCAAGCGCCAGCUGGCCGACGCCUGCGAGCGCGUCGCCAAGACCACCAAGCUGGAGGAGGAGGUGGAGAAGGUGCGCAGCGCGCACGAGGAGCUGGUGGGGUCUUGCGAGCGCCGCGAGCGCCUCGAACGCGCAGCGCGCCUGCGCCUGCAGGCCGACGCCCGCCGCCUGCACGAUCUCAACCGCGCGCUCAAGCACCAGGUGGAGCUACUGUCUCAAGGUGUGCGGACAGAGAAUGACAGCAAUGCAGACGCACUACGGAAAGAGCUGCAGAACCGGGAGAUGCUUAUUGCACAACUCAUUACACAAAACAAGGAGUUGGCGUGUGCCAAAGAGCGUCAGGAGAUCGAGAUGGCGGCGCAGCGCGCCACCUUGCAGGAACAACGCACACAUAUCGAUAUCCUAGACACGGCCCUCACUAACGCUCAGGCCAACGUCGUGAGGUUGGAAGAAGAGUGUCGUCACGCAAGUGGGUAUGUGGAGAGAGUUAUGGGUUUGCAGAGGGCGUUGGCGUCCCUACAACAAGCGUCCGAUAGGCGCGAACACACUGAGAGGAAACUUCGAGCGCAACUGGAAAAAGAACUACAGACUCUUCGGAAACGAGAAUGCAACUGUGGGGGUGCAAGUCCCACUAACAGUUCGGGUGGAACUGGCAACAGCGCAGGCGGCGAGGCCGAGCUACGGCGACAGCUGAGAGAGCGCGAUGAGAGGCUGCUGGCGCUGGAGGGCGAGUGCGCCAAGUGGGAGCAGCGCUACCUGGAGGAGGCUGCGCUGCGCCAGGCCGCCGUGUCCGCCGCAUCCAUACCCAAAGAUGUGAAGAUAGCAGCCCUCGAGAAGACGUCUGCGGAGUCAGAGAGACUUAUGGCCGAGGUUCGGACUGAGAAAAUAAGGCAUAUGGAUGAAUUGCACUCUGCACAAAAGAAAGUUGCUGACCUGGAGAGCAGGGUAAAAGAGUUAGAAUCAAAGGUUGCGGAGCGCGAUGCAAUGAUAAAAGUUCUUCAGAAGCACACUAGUGCCGCCUACGAUAGCGGAGCUUCAUUAAGAAAUAAUUCUAGUCGAGAGGAACUUGUGGGUCUGUCGUCGGGCGCGUCGUUCUCGAGCGCGGAGGGCGUGGGUGGCGUGGGCAGCGUGGGCAGCGUGAGCGGCGUGGCCAGCGGCGUGGCCUCGCGCUACCGGCACCUCACCCGCCGCAACUACUCGCCGCACAACGACAACACCAGCGGUUGCGGGUUCGACAGCACGUCGCUGCGGCUGGACGAGCAGCUGGCGGCGCUGGAGUCACGGCUGGAGCGGCCGCCCGUGCCCGCCCGCGGACUUUGCUGCUUCCCCGGGCUGGGGACGGUGGGUGCGCGGGGCGGCGGGCGCGGCGAGGAGGCGCUGCUGCUGGAGCGGCAGGGCCGAGCCUCGCAGCAGACGCGCUCCUCCAGCCUGCCGCCGCCGCCCUCCGCCCUGCCGCGACCCCCCCGCAAGCCCUCCGCCAGGAACACCAGAUACGAUCGCCUGGACCACAGAGAUACAAGAAAGGACUCCGAUGGAUCAGGUUCAAUAGCGUCAAGUGCAUCUCGCAGCUCACCACUGCCAUACGACACAGUUCGCAGUUCCAAGUUACCUUCAGUCCCGACAUCCGCUUCUCUCCCUGCGGCAGAGUCCCGGGAGUCUUUAGUUCGCCCCCGGGACUCCAGUUUACCCUCGCCUUCAAAACUUGCAGUUUACGGGGCAGCCAGGCGGCGCUCUGCCGAAUCCGCAAAGGAUAACAAGCGGCCACAACAUCAUUAUAGAAUCCAAUUUUAA